GUAAUCUUCACGCUCGAAGCUUUCAAUCGCGCCAUGGCAUACGAAAACGCAAUCCCAAUUGGCGUCAUCAUCGGACUCGUGUCAUUCAUCGUAAUUCUGGUCUUGAUGUUGCGCUGGCUCAAGCACAAGAACGAUCAGAAAGACGCACGCGAGAAGGAUAUCGAGGCUGCGAAAGUCGAAGCUUCGGCAUUCGAUGAUGGAGUAUCGGAUAUCUUGACACCAAUUGCGUCGCCGAGAGAUGCUCUCUUCCAUGCCGGUGUGCGGGAGAAUGCAUCUGUCACAAAUCUCCAGGCUGGACCAAACAAAACGGAGGCAGAGUGGAGUGCUGCUAGACGGGCUCAAGGGCAUGCGUGA